UCAAUGGGCGUCGACACGUGUCACGACAUUACAGGAAGAUAUUGCAUACUCAUUGUUUGGCAUCUUUGGCGUUCACCUACCUGUAAUCUACGGCGAGAAGAAGCAUCUCGCUCUCGGCCGACUGUUGCAGGCGAUUGUGGCUCAGUCGGGUGAUAUCACUGCCCUGGACUGGGUCGGAAAAUCUUCGGAGUUUAAUAGCUGUCUCCCGGCCGACAUUGCCUCAUACGAAGCGCCGCCAUGCAUACCACCAUCGCUAUCCGAUGAUGAGAUGCAGGCGUCGGUCUCCAACCUUCGAAGUGUCGCGGAUGUAAAGUUGGCUGUGGCAUUGUAUACCCAGCUUGACAACCUGCACGCUCCUCGUUUCGCGAACCGCAGACUACUCCUUCCUUGCAUCACCUUUCUUGUCACAGGAGUCAGAAGGAAGAGCGGUCUACACUGGGAGACAUGUUUCACAUAUGACGUCAAAGCAGACGGACUUCAAGACUUGUUAGUCACCACCGAAGACAAGCUGAUUCAGUUCUCGCAUUCGAGACCUUCUCGGCAGAGAUUCUUACUCGUCCGUCCCUGGAAUCAUCAUGACCUCGGACUGUCUGAUUUCUCAGACGAUAUGCAGACCGUGCCCGGGUCUCCACUAGACGAUUUAUCUUGGGGUCACCCUAAAGAAGUUGGCUUAGUUGAUAUAGAGUCUCAGCCGCAAGCAUUGAGGUUGAUCGCUCGCCUUGGACAGCCUUUUGGCGCACUUUUGUUAGCGCAGCAGCGCGGCGAGGAAUACAAAAGAAUCGCAUCGGAUCAUGACAUCAUCGCACGUGUCAAGGACGUGUCUGCUAUUCGCGACAUGUCGAACGUCAGAACGGUAGAGAUAUUAUAGUUUGCAUUUCAAAGAAUAUGUAGAAUUCUAACGAGUCUUCAUUAUCAUAUCUUUAAAUUGACUGUACUUUCAUGAAAUAAUAUCCCAACUCGACUUUCAUAUCGAUAUGGCAUACUGAUCAAACAUUGG